GCCGAAGCCGAUUCAAACAAACGGCGGUUAUCUUGUCUGUUUAUAUUCGAGAAAAUAAAUAUAUUGUCCUCAAAAGAACAAUAAUCAUCAGAAUGUCUGUGAUUGAAGAAGCAACUGUAAUUGCCCCAUGGGUUGGACCUACAACAAGCAGUAACUUUUUAUCCGUAGUUGUACUAUCAUCAAAUGUUGACAUCAUCGAAAAGAUAUCCAAAGCUCUUACAGAUGUACAUGCCCAGGGAAAUUUCAGGUGGAAACUGACAAUCUUACGUUCUUUCCAUUUAGAAGAAGUCGUGGAACACUCUGAUUUAGUUGGAAGAGUUUCUAUCGACUUUGUUAUACUGGGCUUGGAUACCAGUCGAGUAUUCUGCCUUGAAUGGGCUAAGAAAGUUUUGAUGCAAGUUCACCCUGACCUGAGGAGUCGUCGAGUUAUUCUUGUAAACUCCAGUGGAUUACCACCAAAUUCUAUGGCAGUGAAUGUUGGUGAACUAGUGGCUUUCAAAAGUCAUUUCAAACUUGACAUGAUGACAGCAGAUAUGUUCAAGUCAGACGAUGCAAGGUUCUUGGCGCGACGGCUGCUAAAAUACAUCGAAGUGUCUAUUGGUGUGAAGACUGGAAUACCUAAUUUAAAUGUUUAAAAUUAUGUUUACAUGUUAUUGCAAAUGCAAAAAUCAUAUGAAAAUGACUGAAUUAUGAAAUUAUUACUUCAAAAUAAUUACUUUUAGUAAUUGAUUAGUAAUUAUCAU